AUGUCGCAGCUAUUUGCACGUGACUUUUGGAGGGUUGCUAAGGCGCCAUAUUCCAUUUGUGAAUCAAUCAUGGAGUCGUGUACUGAAAGUCCUCCGAAGAAAAUGAGCUGUAGAAUGCGUAUACUGAAAGAAGAAACAAUUGACAGUCUCGUCAAGGGACGAGAGAUAGCCGGACAUAUCAAACAUAUCAUCAAAGACCGACUAGGGUAUGAGUCAUCUCAACUACAACUGAUUGAAAAGCAAAAUAAUUCUUCUUUGAAAUCAUUGAAUGAGAGUGCAUCAAGUCACAACCUGUUUGAGAAUUUUAAGGAAAAAUACCUGGCAUACAUGAAAAGUACUGUCGUCCUCCAACAGGCCAUGGUGUCCAAAUUAGCUGAAGUUGAUGGACCGUAUGAAACAAUUAAAAGAUGGUUGGAUAAUCCUACAACAAAAACGAGACCAGAAGAAUUGAAAAAACAGUAUUCCAACUUGCUUGAUGACCAUGCAAACAAAAUCACACUUUUGAAAAAGGAGAAAAAGACAUUGACAAAGAUACGUGAACAACUAACAAAAUGUCAGAAGAAGCUACAAAAUGUUCAAGCCGCUCUGCAGAUUAGUGUCAAUUUGGACGUAGAUGCAUCAGCCCGUCAGAUCAAAGAGCAGAGAACUCUUAAAGGGUUGGAAAAAGAAUUGAUCAAUCGCCUUGACAAAUGUCUGAGACAGUGCCAGGCUUUAAUGAUAGAAGAAGCUGAAAGCCAAAAAUAUCUUCAAGAGGGUAUGAUCAGGAUAGCAGGUGAAAUGGAAAAAUUUGAAGAAAAACGAGUGAAAGUUAGCAAUGCUGCCAUGAACAAAUUUGUACAGAUAUUGAACCAACAGGAGACCAACAGAACUGAAAAAUCACAGGCAACGCUUGACCUGAUGGCAUCAGUAUCGCCAACAUUCAUUGACCUUCCAAAGGUGUCCUUGACGAGAAAAGAUGAUGUCUUUGUCUACAAGUUUCCAAACAUUGCAGAGCAACUGCGAGAAUUGGGAUAUUCAGAGACAGCUUCCGCUCCAGAGCCUGUAUACAGACAGAUCUUAGAAUCUCCAGUCAAAUUUACAACGCCCUCUCCUCAGGAGACAAAGUCUUCUUCGAAGAGGUCUUCAUCCUCCAAACAUUCAAAUGAUGGUGAAUGUUCCAAUGACCACAUGAGAAAACAUUCUAAAACUAAAACAACAGGAGAAAACAAAAUAUCUAGACAAGAGAUCAGUGAUGAUGUGAUGGAACAAUCAAAACAUGCCAAGAAAGUGAGAAAAUCAGUCACAAAAGAGGAAAAUUCCACACUUCAGGAACUCCGUACAAAAAUGUCUCCACAACAUGUUGACAAGGAAACACCUGUAAGGAAAUUUUCUAUGCCCUCCCAGGAUUCAGAUGAAGAAGAUGAUGCUCCACCACCUCGUGUCUGUAGACAAGGAUGGGUAAGCAGUGAGGAAGAGCAAGUCUCUGUAAACAAGAUGGAGCAGGACAUUUCUCACAGGGACGUGGCCCAAUACCCUUACCAUGGUGUACCCCUAGAACAAUGUUGUCUACUUAAAGCUCUUGUGACACACAGUUCUGCAGAUAACACCCAUCUCAGCUUUGAAAAAGGACAAAAACUGGUGCAGACCCACAAAGCUACAGAGGAAGGUAUUGCCUACGGUUACACAGGCAAACACAGCUACAGCAAGUUCAAGUAUGGCUACUUCAGUCUCAGGCAGAUGAAGACAUGGAAACCAACCACAAAGAAUAUUCUGAAGAAUUUGUUUACAUAA